CGCUCCACAGUCAAACAUCUUUGCCACCAUGGUCGCCUUCUCCUCUCUUCUUGUCGCUCUCGCGGCUGCGGGCAGCGCUCUCGCCAGCCCUCUUGAGCUCUACAAGGACAUCGGUAAGCAGCUUGAGAAGAAAUCCACUCCUGCUGGCACCGGAACCAAUAACGGAUUCUUCUACUCCUUCUGGACUGAUGGCCAGGGAUCCGUAACCUAUAACAACGAGGCCGCUGGCAAGUACUCCGUAUCAUGGAGCAAUGUGGGCAACUUCGUCGCCGGCAAGGGCUGGAACCCAGGGGGUGCCAAGGUCGUGAACUACAGCGGCACGUGGAACGCAGCCAGCGUCAACAGCUACGUCUCGCUCUACGGUUGGACAACCAACCCGCUCAUCGAAUACUACAUCGUCGAAUCGUACGGCUCGUACAACCCAUCCUCUGGUGCUACCAAGAAGGGCACCGUCACAUCUGACGGCGGUACCUAUGAUAUCUACCAGACCACCCGUACCAACCAGCCCUCGAUCCAGGGUACCUCGACCUUCCAACAGUUCUGGUCCGUACGCACGGUUAAGCGUAUUGGUGGAACGAUUACGACGCAGAAUCACUUUGAUGCUUGGUCGAAGGCUGGCCAAAAGCUAGGAAAACAUGAUUAUAUGAUUCUUGCUACGGAAGGUUACCACAGCAGUGGGUCUGCUUCCAUCACCGUUGAGGGCCCUUGA